AUGAGCUGGGUGUUCUUACGUGAUCUGCUGAGUGGAGUGAAUAAAUACUCAACAGGAAUUGGAAGAAUUUGGGUAGCUGUUGUGUUCCUGUUCCGCUUACUGCUUUAUGUUGCUGCCGCAGAAAACAUCUGGAAACAUGAACAUGAUGAAUUUGAGUGCAAUAUCAAGCAGCCUGGUUGUGAAAAUGUCUGCUUUGACCAUUUCUUCCCUGUCUCUCACAUCAGAUUUUGGGCUUUGCAAUUAAUCAUGGUCUCCACCCCUUCACUCUUGGUUGUCUUUCAUGUUGCUUACAGAGAGAACAGAGAGAAACACCACAACCAGAAACUUUACAAAAAUCCAGGAAAGAUAGAUGGUGGAUUGCUGUGCACUUACCUAAUCAGCCUCAUUUUAAAAAUAGGACUUGAAAUAUUUUUUCUUGUUCUGUUCUAUAAAUUGUACAACGGAUUCAAAAUACCACAUCUUGCGAAAUGUGACAUAAAACCAUGUCCCAAUACUGUAGACUGUUAUAUUCCCAAACCCACAGAGAAAAUGAUUUUCCUCUAUUUUCUGGUGGCAACUUCAUGCCUGUGCAUUGUAUUAAAUCUAAGUGAACUGAGUUAUCUGAUGUUCAAAUACUCCAUAAAAUGUUAUCUGAAGAGACACGUGAAGAAGCAGCAAGGCUCAAAAAGCAAUUGCUGCGAAUCAGAACUCAUCAGGCACAACAGAGCAGCAGCUGCAGGGCGACUCCACAACAGCUCAUCAUCCUUGCCUCUGAAUAUGCAAGAUGAACAUGAAAAACAUUCCCCGCUGACUUGAAAGAAGGCUGGAGACCACCCUCCCAUUACACAAGCUGUUUUUGACAAAUUGCUUUUCCAAUCAGUGCUUUGCAGAACUAUCCUUUGAAAGGACAGUUACAUAGGAAAUGCUGUUUCUCUGUUAGUUCCCCAUUACUUGAGAUGAUAAAUUCGGUUACAUUAUGUAUGUCGUACAUAGAAUCGCUGAGAGCUUUUCAUGUUGAAAAAAGAAAUGUAGAAGUUCUGAGAAUUCCAUGAAGCUUUAAUAUAAACACAGAUGCUUAUGAUAAAUCAUGCUGAAACAAUUGCUCAAACAGUUGUGUACUGAAUAUUACACAGAAUUGCUUUGGUACAAGAAAAAAUAGG